UGAAUAAAUUCUGUGUGACUUUUUAAAAGGGGAAAUCCCACCCAAUCCCCUGACCGCAAAUAAAUUAAACAUCUGAUAAAUAGAAAAAGGGAUUUAAAAAGUUUUACGCAAACCGCCAACCACCCACGACUCGUUACCAACACUGGUCCCGUUGGCAGCACUCAUUAGUGUCAAACUGACAGCUGGAAGGCCUUCGUUUUCACCAAUUAGAAAAUUACAAAUUUUCCAAUUGGAUUUAUUAUAGUCCAACUUUUAGUUAAUUGGGCGCACUUAGUUGCGUUUUUUAAAGUGUUCUUAGUGGCGUGCGUGAGAAAGGAGCCUCGCGAGUGGAUUGAUCACCAUCCCACCGCACACACCGCAAACCACAAGCACAGCUGAGUAGUGCCAUCACUGCUCCCGUCAGCAUACACCCCUUAACUUAACACAUAAUCCCACAAACGCGGAGCUGAACACACCAGGGAACGGGAGCAGUUGGAUCAAGGAGCAGGCGCACGGGGACUCGAUUCUAGAGGCGGGAGCACCAAGGGCAACGCGCGACCAUGUUUACGGGAAAGCUGCAGAUCAAGGUGUGCGAGGCGAGUGGCCUGCGGCCCACAGAUUUCCAGAAGCGCCACAACCUUACCUUUGGCAAAUUAGCCGACGAGCAGCUCAUAGAUCCCUAUGUCACCAUAGACGUCGACGACAGUCAUUUCGAUCGUGCCACCACCCGGCCAAAGACCUUCGACCCUGUUUGGAAUGAGCAGUUCGUCCACGACGUGAACAAUGCUCGGAACAUAAACUUGACCGUUUUCCACGAUGCCGCUCUGCCGCCAGAUGACUUUGUUGCCAAUUGCAUCAUCUCGUUCGAGGAUCUCAUGCAGAGCGAGACGGCUGUGCAAGAUCUAUGGGUUAAUUUGGAGCCUCAGGGCAAGAUUCAUGUUAUAAUCGAGCUAAAAAAUCGCAAUGAUCAAGCCAAAGCCGAGGCCGAGGUGGAGCACACCGUGGCCGUCAAUAAGGAGUUCAAAGAGCGCGCUGGCUUCAAUCGCCGCCGCGGUGCCAUGCGACGUCGAGUGCACCAGGUAAAUGGUCACAAGUUCAUGGCAACGUUUUUGCGUCAACCCACCUUCUGUUCGCACUGUCGCGAGUUUAUCUGGGGAAUUGGUAAACAAGGCUAUCAAUGUCAAGUCUGCACGUUAGUUGUACAUAAGAAAUGCCAUACGUCCGUGGUGUCCAAGUGUCCGGGCAUGCGAGAUGAGCAAGCCAAAGUGGAGGUGGUGCCGGCGGGCCAAAGGUUCAAUGUGAACAUGCCGCACCGCUUCGUGGUGCACAGCUACAAGCGGUUCACAUUCUGCGACCACUGCGGGUCCCUGCUUUAUGGGCUGAUAAAGCAGGGCCUGCAGUGCGAGACCUGCGGCAUGAACGUGCACAAGCGCUGCCAAAAGAACGUGGCCAACACCUGUGGCAUCAACACCAAGCAGAUGGCCGAGAUUCUCAGUUCGCUGGGCAUUUCACCCGACAAGCAGCAGCCGCGACGCUCCAAGUAUCUUAACCAGCAGGGCGGCGAGGACAAUUACGGCGCAUCGCUGGGAGCCGAUGGGGAAGCUGGUCCGGGCCAGUCCUUCCGCAGUGGCACGCUCUCGGCGGACAGUUUGGCCACCUCCACCUCGACCCUGACCAGUGGCUACAACAGCAGCAGUUGCAUGAGCCUGGCGGUGGGCGGUGGUGUGGCCGGCGGCGGUGGGGGCGGCGCCACUGGGGAGACCCGGCCGGGCAAGUGCUCCCUACUGGACUUCAACUUUAUCAAAGUACUGGGCAAGGGCUCCUUCGGCAAGGUGAUGCUGGCCGAAAAGAAGGGCACCGACGAGAUCUACGCCAUCAAGGUGCUGAAGAAGGACGCGAUCAUCCAGGACGACGACGUCGACUGCACCAUGACGGAGAAGCGCAUAUUGGCGCUGGCCGCCAAUCAUCCCUUCCUGACUGCGUUACAUUCCUGUUUCCAGACCCCGGACCGGCUAUUCUUCGUUAUGGAGUAUGUCAACGGUGGCGAUCUUAUGUUCCAGAUCCAGAAGGCGCGUCGCUUCGAAGCCGCUCGGGCGGCCUUCUAUGCGGCGGAGGUGACACUCGCGUUGCAGUUCCUCCACGCCCACGGCGUCAUCUAUCGCGACCUGAAGCUGGAUAACAUAUUGCUCGACCAGGAGGGUCACUGCAAGCUGGCCGACUUCGGUAUGUGUAAGGAGGGCAUUAUGAAUGGCAUGUUGACCACCACGUUCUGCGGCACGCCCGACUACAUUGCCCCGGAGAUCCUCAAGGAGCAGGAGUACGGCGCAUCUGUCGACUGGUGGGCGCUGGGUGUGCUCAUGUACGAGAUGAUGGCCGGACAGCCGCCAUUCGAGGCGGACAAUGAAGACGAGCUUUUCGACUCGAUCAUGCACGAUGACGUCCUGUAUCCCGUUUGGCUAUCUCGCGAGGCCGUCUCCAUCCUAAAGGGCUUUUUAACCAAGAAUCCGGAACAGCGACUGGGCUGUACGGGCGAUGAAAACGAAAUACGGAAGCAUCCAUUUUUCAACAAGCUCGACUGGAAGGAGCUUGAGAAGCGCAAUAUAAAGCCGCCAUUCCGACCGAAAAUGAAAAAUCCGCGUGAUGCCAAUAAUUUUGAUGCGGAGUUCACCAAGGAGGAUCCGGUGCUGACACCGAUUGGCAACGAUGUCAUACGCUGCAUCAAUCAGGACGAAUUCGCCGGCUUCUCGUUUGUCAAUCCCAAGUUUGGACCGGAGCGAAAAGUCUACUAAGAGGCCCCAACGAUCGCAGUUCAUGUUCACCCCCGUCACUUUGAUUGUUCGCGAUCCGGUCUGAGCCACUGCCUAUUGGUGGCUAUUAGUGGAUCUCCCAGACCAGAUCGAUUGGAGCUGUCGUUCAGCAUGUAGCACAUACUCUAGCACAAGCUGAAUAGUAUUUUUAUUUAUCUCCUCCCCUUUCCCCGUGAACGCUUAUUUGUUGUCUGUUUCCAGCGGAUCGGUUCAGAUCGGAUCAGAUCAGUCAUCCCACAUCCACAACUACCAGUGCCAAUUGUCGUGGGCAGUGCGAAACUGCUGAAAUUGCUAAGCUUCGACAUGAAUAUUGCAAACGCAUAUGGACACGAAUUGUUAGGCCCUUGUUAACCAAAACACUUCCCCCCGAAAUCCUUAACCUUCAAGCUUCAAGCCUUUUCCUAUAUACACUUAUUUAUGUUGUUUGCCAGCCCAAAAAGCAAAAAAAAAAAAAAAUGAAAAAAUGAAAAAAGAAAUUAAGUAGCCCCACCCCCAUCUAGUCAAUGCCCAGUGGCUGAGUGCAUUUUGUUAUUAGUUAUUUAUUGAUUGUUUGAAGUUGACGUGUCGAAUCUCAUGUUUCGCACUCACAGACCGACAGCAUCUAUUUUUCUGGAGGCGAGGCACUUGCUCCAAAGCGAAUCUCAAGGGAAUUUCUAACACAAUAGCCGCAAUGUGCCGUCUGUACCAUACACACACACACACAAAAAAAAAACACAAAACACACAAUACAAUAUACAUCCAUCCACUAUGUAUUUUUGGAUGCAAAAAUUAAUUAUUUUUAUUUUGUUAAAUGUAUUUUAAAAACAAAUUUGCACAACUUCCUUCUCAAGUAUUAAAGCGAUAUUAUUUUUAAAUUACAUUAUUGUUACGCAUAAAUAUUUAUAAAAAUGAAAAAUGAAAGAAAAGAACAAUUUCAAGCCAAACACCUAAUACAAAUUGCAUACAAUUUACCAACAAUGGGAAUGUUACGCUAAUUAAUCAUAGUAAAAAGCUAUAACAAUGAGAAUGUCUAAAGAAAAUCAUAUUAAUUUUAUGCUAAACAAAUUAUGAAUACAAACCAAUGUGUUUAGUCUGUAAGCCGAUGGAGAGGAGGUCAAACAAAUUAUAUAUAUAUACACAUGUAUGAACCAUAUAAAAUGUGAAACUAAAGGCAUAUAUAAUACACAUAAAAACACACAAAAAAACAAGAAAAAACAAACAAAAUCCAACAAAUGAAACACUUAGCGUAAUGAGGGAAAGCAGUGGAAAGUUAUAAGAAAUUAUGUCGACUAGGAUGAAUAGGAGAUAAAACAAUAUUAAUGUUUAUGUGUUGAUUUUAAAGCCAAAGACUCAAAGCAAAAUCCUAUAUAUGAACUAACCAACCGAAUGCAAAUUUUAGCAUAACGCAUCGAAAUUUGAUCAGUAUCCUUUUAUUGUUAUUACUAUGAUUAUUAUUUAUUUAAUAACUAAUUUGUGUGGCUUACUGAUUUGUUUCUGUUACUGAUUUCAUCCAACCACAGCAGAAGAAAUCAAUAUAUGAUUAAUAAAUAAAUCACUAGAAUGAAGAAGAUUGAAGGAUAACAGAAAAUUUAUUAACUAUAAGCAGCGUUAUAGUUAUUUAAAAGUUAACCCAAAGUAUUUUCAAGAACGCAUUUUACCAAAAAAAAAAAAAUAAAAAUAAAAAAACAAAAACAAAAAAAAAAACUAAACGAGAACCAGAAGGAGAAGCAUUAAAACCAAAAUAACAAAAUUUAAGGACUAAUGUUGAAGAAACAUAGACAAACAUGUUCAAAGUGCAAGAAAUUAAUUUUUUAAACAAUGAGCUCAACUCGCCAGUCGAUUGAGGCCGUUGAAAGUACAGUGGCGAUUAUUCAAUUAUAAAUAAAGGAUAAACUAAAAUGAAUAAAGCAGCAAAACCUCUCAAAAUAUACACAAAUCGCAUCCAGCCAGUAAGAUGAACUCACAUAAACAUAGUCUUUUGAAUACGACCAGGAAUAGGCAGGAAUAAAUAUUAAAGUUUGCGGGUUGUUAUUAAAAGUGUUACCAGAGAGAGAGAUAGAGGGAAUUAAAGGAUAAUAGAAACGGAUCAGGAGAGAAACAGGAAAGUUUAAUAUAAAAACACACAAAAAUCGCUUAAAACCGUAACCUGAAUAAAAAGCAAAAGCUAUAGGAAACUGUGCAACAAAUGUAGAUGUAAGUCCACUUGAAAUAAGCAAAGUUGAACGCUCCCCGCCCGCUGUUGUCUUCAUCUACUAACUAAACACGAAAUAUUUAUUGAGAAUUUUCCAUUGCUUCAAAAAAGGGUUCUUGAACUAAACUUUGAAUGUACUCACUCGAUCAGCUUAGCUAACUUUUUUCUGGAGCCAUGCAGCUCCAACUCCACUCAACUCAACUCAACUCACUCUAAUGAAGAAACUUACAUACAUAUGUGCAACUUUUUCAUGUACCUUUUGCAUCUUAGAUACUUAAAGAGAAAUUACACUCGAAGGAUUAUUAAUGGAAGCCCCAAAAAUUGUUAACUGAUCUAAGGAGAACUACAGAAACUACUAAGAGGAGAUAUUGAAUUAUUUAUUGAAAGGCGUUAUUUAUUGACAAAACUAAAGCGCGAAAAACUGAGGAGUAGAAAAAUUGCGGAACCAUAGCAUGAUUAAUAAUCGUAAACAGAAAGUAUUCAGAAAUAAAAACACACACAAAGCACCCACAAAUCAGAGGAAAACCAACCUAAAACUGAGAAAAAAAGCAUAAAUAAAAUAUAAGUUACGUUUAAACCAGAGAUAAAUAACUAUAAAGGUAAAGUCGAAAGUCAACAGUUGAUAUGUUGUAAAAAAGCUAUUAAAGAAAAAUAUGGUAUGGAAUGAUUUACCAAGGAGGCAAAGUGAGUGUUAAAACUAAAUGAUUGGUAAAUUCAGAUGUGCAAAGAUAACCAAAGAAAGCAACUUGAAAACCAGAAAAAUUGAUUUAUAACAUUAAGUGAAAACUAAUUAAUAAAUAAAGAGGUAACACCUAUGAAAAUGUAA